UGUUUUCUAUUUAGUGAUAAAUUGAACUUAAUUGUUUCGCCUAUAAAUCUCAUAACUGAAAUUCAAAUCAAACGGUAUUUGCUUCUUCUUCUUCGGCAUCUUCAUUUCUCAAUUCUCACCGCUACAUAACCAAACCCCAGAACAUUCAAUCUAAGUAUCCAAUCUUUGCUCUAUUAUGGCUAAAUUUGUUGCUCCUGGUCGCUUGAUGAUUAAAGAUGAUAACUUGGAUCUUCAAAACCCUAAAAAUGCUGUAUCGAAUGUCAAGUCAAAGAUUUCUAAGACAAAUGGAAAGAAAGGCGGUUCAGGGAUGGGAGGUCGAAAGGCACUAAACGAUAUCACAAACAAAAAAUCAAUUCAACCUGAAGCCUCAUCUAGGAAAAAGAAUUUACCUAAGGAAGAGAUUAAUAUAAAGGAGGAAAUGUUCUCACACAAUCAUACAAAGUGCAUUGAGUCCCAGAAAGCUGCAAUGGUUAAUUUCAAUCUUGAGGCUGUUCUUCCUCCAGAUGAUGGCAUACCUAUUCUAGAGCAGAUAAAGGUUCCCGGUUCCCCUCGAUGCUACCCAGAACCAGUGGAACGGCCAAUGUCCGAUUUUUCUGUCUGGUUGGACAAUCCAAAGCAGUGGAACUCUCCUCCUCCUUCUCCAUUAUCACAUGAUUCUCCACCAUCGUCACCCUUAGCAUGGCAAUUUAAAGACGUGGAGUUUGUCCCGAAAGAAGAAAUUGAUGUGUAACAUCUAGUUUCUAAUACUACUGCUGCAUGAACCAUUUAUGUGAAUAAAUUUCAGGCUGUUUUAACAAUGUACAUAUGUAGUGGAUUGCCAAUGUUAUUCGAUAAGUUUUUGCACCCCUUCGGAGAUGUAUCUAUAACAAAAUAUGACGGCAAUACAUGUUUUGAAAACGUAGGAAUUUCUUUCUUUACUGAAUAUAUGUAAAUAUCUUGCACAAA